UUCUGUAAAUCGUUAGUGUAGAGCCUCAAAAACUACCUUUCUGGUCAUUCUUACGCUCUGAUCCAUGAUCGCUGCUGGUACAGGAACUGAUGGCCUCUAACCUAAGCUAGUUUGUGGCAUGGGAGGAACUGUCACACCAGUCACACUGCUCUUGUGGAAGAUUCCAGCUCAUAAGGAGGUGGCAAUCUUGCAUGUAGUCUGAAGAAAUAUGGAGGAAUAACCUCCUUCUGAGUCUUCAGAAGACUUUGGAAACCACUCUUCUAGUUUACUCUGUUCCUGGGAAACCUCCAAGUAUGCAACAUGCUGUUGGGUUAGUUAACUACAGGCAUAAAGGACUUCAUCACUGUACAGGAGUAAACCCUGCAAACAUGUCUCAGGAACUGCUUCCCGUGGAUGUGCCCGAAUCGUUCUAUUAUAUGUAUCCAGGGAAGACCAUGAUACCAUCAGAUACCAAAGCACUGGAGGAUGAAGACGACUCAGACUUGGACUCGGACUCUUUGGAUUCUUUUGAUUCUUUUGAUCCUUUUGGAGGUAUUAGACCUCAAGAAGAAAAUGAACGAAGUACUGAACCAGGCAAAGGUGAUUUCAAGAUAGAAUCAUCUCCCUGCUACCUGCUGACUGUGAGGAUCAUCCGAAUGAGAAAUCUCCAGCGAGCAGAUGCUUUAAGCCAGGCUGAUUGUUAUGUGUCGUUGUGGUUGCCUACUGCAACAAUUGAAAAGUCCCGCACCAAAACCAUAAGAAACUCCAACGACCCAGUGUGGAAUGAAACCUUCUACUUCAGGAUCCAGAGCAAGGUCAAGAAUGUGCUGGAGCUGACAGUGUAUGAUGAGGAUUUUGCUACUCCAGAUGACCAUCUCCUCUGUGCGCUCUUUGAUACUGCUAAACUUCCAAUUGAUAGAACGGUGCUCCUGUAUUUUAAGCCCAGCACAACGGCCAAGGAGGAGCUAGAGGUUGAAUUCAAACUGGAAGCCAUGUCUGGUCCUCAUGAACUUAUUGCUACCAAUGGAGUCCUAGUGUGUCGUGAACUUUGUUGCUUGGAAGUUGAAGUGAAUGAGAAGGAGCAGAAAAAAUCAAAGAAAGAGCUUUCCCUUACUGUGAAAGGUUCCUUUGAAGGAACACAGGAUAUCAUACUGGGCCCCGACGGAGCGGUCAGCCCAUCAGGUCCCACCAAGUUCCACUACAUCAAGUAUGCAGAGCCAACGCUGGAUGUCAUGUUGCCAAAGAAGAGGCGCUACCACCCUUGGACCUGUAGGUUCAGUACAGAAACAGGCUCCCCAGUGCUGAUGCUCAAUUCGCUGCCCAUGGGAAGGAAAAUGACAAUUGCAGAGGAGAAAAGGUUUGAUUUGAAUGUGAAAGCAGAAAGAUGUAAUUGCUCGUGCCGCCAAGACCUGGACAUGCGCUUUGGAUUUGACUUAUGUUCAGAUGAGAUGGCUUUCCUGUACAAAAGGAAGAAAUAUGUAGCAAGUGCCAUGAAAAAUGUUUUUCACCUACAACAGGAUCUGCAGGACCAUGAAGUCCCUGUUGUAGCUAUCAUCACGACAGGUGGUGGGCUGAAGUCAAUGACAGGACUAUACGGCAGUCUCAUGGGACUCAAGAAAUUAAAUCUCCUGGACUGUGUAACAUACAUCAGUGGGCUGUCUGGCACCACAUGGACAAUGGCCAAUUUAUACAGAGAUGCCUACUGGUCACAAAAGGACCUUGACUCGCAUAUUGUUGAAGCACAGAAACAAGCAACCAAAUGCAAGAUGGGCUGCUUUUCUAUGGAUCGCAUGAAGUAUUACAAUAAGCAGCUAUGUCAGCGGAAAGAAGAAGGAUACAGGACCUCAUUUAUAGAUCUUUGGGGACUCAUGAUUGAAUAUUUACUAAAUGAUGGGAAAGACCCCCACAAACUUUCAGAGCAGAGAGAAGCACUGUGUGAUGGCCAGAACCCACUGCCCAUCUAUGUGUCAGUCUGUGUCCGGGACAACUACAGCACUCAGGAUUUCAAAGAGUGGGUAGAGUUCACCCCCUACGAGGUGGGGUUGCUGAAGUACGGUGCGUUCAUCCCUGCAGAGAAUUUUGGAAGUGAGUUCUUCAUGGGACGCAUGUUAAAAAAACUCCCUGAAUCCCGGAUCUGCUAUCUUCAAGGUAUGUGGAGCAGUAUAUUUUCUGUGAACCUAUUACAAAUCUGGGGACUGUCCCACAGUUCAGAAGACUUCUGGAAGAGAUGGACCCAGGACAGAAUAGACGAAGUUGAUGAAGACCCAGUAUUGCCUACGAGGCCCCAUGAACUAAGGACUCGCAUGUACACUCCUCCUGGGCCCCUGUCCAGUGCUCUUCGGGGUGCUUUAACUGACCGCUUCUCAGUUGCCCAGCAUCACAAUUUCCUGAGGGGCUAUCAGCUGCAUAACAACUACCUUGAGAAUGAACACUUCUGCCGAUGGAAAGAUACUGUGUUGGACUCACGUCCCAACCAGCUGAUGCAAAAUCCCAAUCACCUGGGUAUGAUAGACGCUGGAUUUUUCAUCAACACCAGCAGUCCACCACUUUUAAGGCCACAGAGGGAAGUGGAUGUUAUCAUAUAUUUAAGUUAUACUACUGGAUCACAUACAUCGUCUCUAGAUAAGGCAUGCAAAUACUACUCGGAGCAGAAAAUCCCAUUCCCCAAAAUUUCUUUGAGUGAUGAAGAUAAGAAAAAUCUAAAGGAGUGCUACAUCUUCCAAGAUUCAGAUUCGCCAGGAUGUCCCAUUGUGAUUUUUCUUCCACUUGUGAAUGAUACUUUCCGAGAGUACAAAGCACCCGGUGUCAAGCGCUGUUGCUCAGAGAUGGAGGGAGGACAACUCGAUCUGACCAGUCGCUGUUCCCCCUACUGCAUGUUCUCGGUCAGAUACACUGAUGAGAAUUACCGCCGGCUGCUGAACCUUAGUGAAUACAAUAUCCUGAAUAACUCACAGAUGAUAAUGCAGGCCUUGCAAACAGCAAUGCAAAGAAGGCAAAACAUGUGCUAAUCACACAUUUGAUUGCCUAUGUCUUCUUGGAGCAGUUUUUCAUGCUCUAGCACACAGGAAGAAUGUAGCUUUUUGAACACAGGCCAUUCUGCAUUACAGAAAGAAACUACCCCCAGGUGGCUUAGUGUUUAUUUUAUUUUAUUUUAUUUUCAUUCCCAUGAAGAGGCUUCUUUAGGUAAAGACAUUGCCUGGAAAAUCUUUACAUAUGUUUUGUUGCCUAAACUAAGGUUGUCUGUAGAACACUCUUUACCUAAAAUCCUUGUUAUAUUUUUAAAAUAGUCUUAUUUUAAGUCUAAUUUAUUAUAUGACAUAUAAGACAAACAUUUUCUAACACCAAAGUGCUACAGUAAUACAACCCAACUAACAAACUGACAGGCCACAAGAAGGGGGUAUGAGUAUGAAUGUCUGCUCCCUACAACUUUUCUUCAUGGAACUCAACAUACAUCCAAGCCUGGAAAAAUGAAGAAAACCUGAGACACAACUGGAAGCUGGAAUCAGAUCCCUGACUUGACUCUAUUUUGCAAGUAUACUGAAGAGCAGCUAAAGAGGUUGGAAACGUAAUAGGGACAAGUGUGUGCACACGGCCAGCCCUGUGAAUCAUGUCCAUCUCCAGAGCAAUCUUGGACUGUGAAUGCACCACACAUAGAUUGGAAGGAGCAGUAUAGGAGGAAGUAUUGUAGGAUUUUUCUUUUUUUUUUUUUUUUUCUUUUUUUUUUCUUUUUUUCCAUUGCAAGAUAUCAUUUGGGCACAUCAGAAUUUCCUUUGCAUUUAUGUCAGUUUUGAUUGUGUUGAUAUAAAAAAGUCAAAAUUUUAUUUUGAAUCUUUCAAAAUAAAAAAAAAAUGGGAUUUUUUUUCCCAGUUGAGUUAGUUCUCAUAUUGAAUUUAUUUUCUUAAAUGAAAAAGAAAUAUGUGCUUGAAAUGAAUAUAUUUAACUUCCACUAGAGCAUAAAAAAACUUUGUUAUGUAACUCAAUGGAAUUUGUUUAAACAGUUCAGGAUGUACCUUUCUUCAUAUUCCCUUUUAUGGGAAGUGUCUUUUCUGAACUCUUGAAAGUGCUGAGGAUGAGCUGUAAAAAUUAUAAAUCUAUAACAACCAUUGCAUUCCAGGAGCAAGUCAAAUUGAAAAUACACAUUUAUAUUAAUAAAUUCUAUGUCUUGAUGACAACUGAGAAAAUCUGGGGAGCUGGGGAAAAAAGUCUAUUCAAUGAGAAAAUCUAUCAGCUAAACAAGUUACAUAGAUGUCAUAAUCUGAGGCUGAAAUAAACCAGGGAAAAAUACUUGGGUAAGUUGAAACAUUUCAUAUUAAUAUUUUCCAUAACAUCUCUGUUUUGAAACAUAAGUUCUUUUUAAGAGAUUGCCUACCUCGUAAGCCCAGGGAACCAAACCUGAAAAUAACAAGCUUCAUUUAUAAUCAAAUAAUGUGUUUGGGUUGGUGCUAAAUGACUCUCUGAGGAUUCCCAUUUUGGCAAGGAAAAAUGUCAAACUUAUCUUUAAAAAUGGGUUCAAAAAUGACUUUUUCCAAUGCUUUUCUCAUUUAGGAUGUCAAACAAAACUUUUUUUUGUGCAGCUGUAGUGUGAUAUUGCAAGCCUAUAAAUCAGAGUGUAAAUAUUAACAUUUAAAACCCUUUGACUUUUGAACUAAUAUACACUUAUGUCAGGUUUUUUGGUCUAUUCUAGUUUCAUGAGUCAAAAUCUGAAAUAUGGUGCUAUAUGCUCUGCAUAUAACCAUGGGAAUUGCCUCCAUUGGAACCUGAAGUCCCUGCUGUAAAAAAAAUAAACACAAGUUUUAGCCAUAAAUUCAUGUCACCUCCAGCUCUUAGGAA